GUGGGUAUCAGACAUCAUGAAAUUUGUGAUCUUGGCUUUGCUCAUUGCUGGAGCCUACGGAUGUGGGCAGCCCACCUAUGACCCUAUCCUCUCAAGGGUCGUGGGGGGAACUGAUGCUAAACCACACAGCUGGCCAUGGCAGGUAUCUCUCCAGUACCUGAGUGGCUCUAGCUUCUAUCACACCUGUGGUGGUACCCUGAUCGCCAAAGAUUGGGUCCUGACCGCUGCUCACUGCAUUGGAAGCCGUACUUACAGAGUAUUCCUGGGAAAGCAAAACCUGGCAGCCAACAACGAGGCGGGCUCCAUUGCCAUUUCUCCUGCUAAGAUUAUUGUGCAUGAGAACUGGGACUCCUACAACAUCCGAAAUGACAUCGCCCUGAUCAAGCUGCAGUCUCCAGUUCAGCUCUCAGACUCCAUUUCACCUGCCUGUCUGCCUGUGUCUGGCGAUAUCCUGCCCAACAACUUCUCCUGCUAUGUCACUGGCUGGGGACGUCUCUGGACCAACGGCCCUAUCGCUGAUACUCUGCAGCAGGCUCCUCUCCCUGUUGUGGACUUUGCUACCUGCAGCAGGUCUGACUGGUGGGGCAACCUGGUGACCAACCUCAUGGUGUGCGCUGGUGGAGAUGGCGUUGUGUCAAGUUGCAAUGGUGAUUCCGGUGGCCCUCUGAACUGCCAGAGACCUGACGGCACUUGGGAUGUUCAGGGUAUUGUAAGCUUUGGCUCCAGCUUAGGCUGCAACUAUCCCAAGAAGCCCUCUGUCUUCACCCGUGUUUCUGGCUACAUUUCUUGGAUCAACAAUGUGAUGACCACUAACUAAGUUGUUGAAAGCCUGGUUACUUCAAAAUCAUCAUCAUCAUGGAUAACUGUGUAAAUCAACAAAUCAACCAAUAAUAAAGCAUUCUUUUCCCA